CAUACUAACUUAUUGCAAUUUGUUGAUUGUAGGUACAGUAGGUUACCUGGUAUGUAGUACCUUCCACGGUAACUUUUUGAUUGUUAGCAUUACCUACCUAUACAUACUUGAGUAAUUAGAUAACGUGAUGAAACUAUGUUCAACAAUAUUCUUUGCAUUACAUUUUCCAACGACAGCAAUUUGCAACUCAUUACCUGCUCCACGACCACUUAAAAAACUCAUUUCGGGAGGUGCCAGUAUAACAGAUGUUUUCAAGUACAACAGAAUCUAUGUCGAUAAGACCAAAUUUGCUUUCACUCUGUUAACUGCCGAAGAACACCAUGUCAGCUUACUUCGACCCAGACGAUUUGGGAAAAGUCUGUUUUUGGAUACAUUAAAGGAAAUCCUUGAAGGCAAUACAGAACUGUUCAAGAAUUGUUAUAUAGGAAAAACAGAAUAUGGGUGGAAAAAGCAUAUUGUUCUAACAUUCGACUUUUCCACAUUCUCUUCCAAAAAUGAUGGGGAUUUUGACAAGUCUUUGAGGGCAGCACUCCUAAGGAUGGCAAGGUUUAACGAAGUAUCUAUUAAAGGAGAAACUACUAAUAUUCUUCUUAUUGACCUCUUGGACAAAUUAUCAAACAAGAUUGAUCACACCACUACCCAUGGCAUCGCUGUAUUGAUCGAUGAAUAUGAUACACAAAUUCUCAGAAACCUUGACAAUCCGACGCUAGCGCAAAAUAUUUCAAAAGAUAUCGACAGUUUUUUUUAUGCCCUGAAAUACAAUUCCAAGAGCAGUGUAAUCAAGUUUACAUUUGUUACAGGAGUGAGUAACUUUGCCCUUUUUUCAAGUGCCUCUAGACCUAACCAUAUUGCAGAUAUUUCGCUAGAGCCAAGAUACAGUACUGCCCUAGGUUUCACAGAAGAUGAAAUUAAGAAGCACUUUUCAGAAUAUAUUCGUCACAUGGCCAAUACCCGAAAUCCAGCUGAAGACCAGAAGGUGACUGAGCAUACUAUACUUCAGGAAAUGCAUAAUUGGUACAACGGAUAUUUCUUCUCUAAAGAUACAAAUUUUGAAACCCGUAUUUUCAAUCCAUGCUCCAUAAGAGAGUAUCUUGAAAAUGGACGCAUACAAAAUACUUGGGCGACAACUGGAAGAGCUACAUCCUUAACUUAUGAAUUUCAGAAACAUUCCUUUGAAGAGGUGUUGAAGAGCUUUUACCUCACACCAAAGACUGUUGACGAAGUCACCCUCAAAAGUAGCUCCAGCAUUGAUAGCAUAAAAUUAUUACCCUUAUUCUACUACCACGGGUAUUACUCCAUCAAGGAAUAUUAUCCGAACCAAACCUACUGUCUUGACUUUCCAAAUUUAGAAGUCAAACAGGCUUUUGAAAACGAGGUUGAUCUAGCAGUAGAGGAUCGGAGAAUUGAAAUAAAAAACUUGAAAAGCUGUCUGGAGAUAUUAGAUCUGAAACAAUUUUUCAAAACUUUAGAGAGUAUUUUUUAUCACGUGCCAAGCAAUCUAAAUCAUUACAACGCCACUGAAAAAUCAUUUCAUAAGGCCAUCCAAGUACUUCUGACAUGUGCUGGUAUUCCAGCAAAAUCAGAUUACACAGGUUUGUUAGCAUCGCCAAACGUUGUGGUUGAAUUGAAAAACAAUGUGAUCAUUUUCGAACUGAACAUGGCAGAAAAAGAUGAGAAGGAGAAAGUUGCAGACAUUUCAUUAAAUCAAAGAAUGAAGAAGGGAUAUGAGAACAUUUUUUUCAAUAAACAAAAAAAUGUCACAUUUGUAAGCAUAUUUUUUGAUGCAGAAUCAUGGGAUAUUGGUUGGAAAGCUGAAUAUUAUUUGGAAAGUGGAGAAAAGAUUCAACCAAUGACAAGUGCCUAAUACAUCACUUAUUUACAAAAAGAUUAUUGCUUAUGUAAAUGUUUAAAUUUUCGAAAAGUUUCCGUCAAUUUUUUUUCUGAAUUAGCAAAUUUUUUCAUGUUAUCUAAAAAAAAUUUCAUUUUUGGUAUAUUUUCCAUCUCUUGCUCACCAUACGCAUAUUUUUAUCUGUUUGAAGAUUUCAAUAGUCCCAAAUUUUAAUGUUAUAUGGUACUUAGUAUAUGAUUAG